GAUAUCACCUUACUUUCUUGCUCACGACUCUACGGCACGUUUCGCUUUAGACGUCCUUUGCAUUCAUCACACGCGGAUUCGGAAUCGAUAUAUCACGACUUUGCACGACUUAAAGCCCAACAUAAAGAAGGAAGGCAUUUUGAAACCCCCCAUAACCUCGAACAUGAACUCUUAACCCACAAACAGGUGUGUAACCUUGCGCCGCUGCUAGAUAUCGCUUGUUGAUUGACACAUGAAACCAAGAAAUCCAUCUCAGCAGUAUCAUGGCAACAGUUUUUGAGUGAGUAGAGCAUAUUAAAUCACGUAGCAGUAGCCACAGUCACAAAUGGAUUAAAAAUCCAUUGAGGUAAACUUGUUCAUACUGUGUGUUUGUCUGAGUUGGUCGAAGUCUCGGGAAGAAAUCAGUCACCGGCCAUAUCAAAACCCAGCCUACCGGAUGCAUCGAAAUGGUAACACAGCAUGAAGCCUACAUCCGCUACUCCUGGACCUUCCGCUUCAUCUGCCUUGCGCUACCGCUCAUUAUACACCUGCGAGUCAGUAGUGCGCUCGACUAUGUGCACGGUAAGGAGAGCUCCGUUGCCCUGGAACCCGACAUUGCCUCCGCCAUAUUCGUCAUCAGCGUAAGCCUGGCAUUAAACCGCAUCCUAGCGAACGUUAUUCCAUUCUACGCGGAUGAAGCGCAACAGCAGCUAGCGUUUAAGGUAGAAACCGGUCUGAUUUGUCUAACCAUGAUCCUGGCGAACAUUGUGUUCUGUGAUUUAGCGUUGCGGUUAAUAUGGAUCCCGAUACAGUACGCGCUGUGGUGGAUCUGCAGGAAAAGAAUUUUGACGCUACUUCUCAAAGCAUUAUUAUUUUUUGUAAAAGAUGUGGCCCCGUUCCGUCCAUACUAUUUGAAGGCUCUGGCGGCGUCCAGUUCAAAGAGAGCCUUCCAUUUCCUGCGGCUGAUGACAGUUAUACAAAUUCUACACUUAGUUUUGUUACGACUCGAGAGGUAUUCCAAGCCCACCGAAGCGAGUAUUAUUGAAAGGAAUUUGUCAACAUCACCGUUAGAUGCACCGGAAGGAUCAUCGCACGAAUCCCACGUCCAACAGGAGAAACAACCGUUUGAAACCCCAUCCUCUUAAAUGACUUCGAUAGUUUCGUUGCUUCUUGCCCUGGCAGUACAUGUGGGCUACAGCGUUCCAGUUUUCGUGUCUUUGAAACCUUUGUGGCAAUGUAAAACAUUUUUCUGUAAAUUUCGAAGAACGCUCAUCGUUUCGUCCAGUGUAUUGUGGUUGUCCAAAUUAACCAUCUUUUCGAAUCAAUAUCGCCAACAACUUCCACGGUACGUGCAAGCUGUUGUUGAGUGUGUGCUAAAUGUGGUCAUUAUUGAAGUUGCCAACUAUUUCAUAUGGUGCGCUAUUGAGUGUCACGUCCGGAAAGCAAUAGCAGAGUUAAGCACGCUACACAUCUAUCAGGAUGCAGGAGGUGAUAUCGUGAUUGAAACACUGCUCUCAGUUUUAGCUUGCACUAUCACCUUCUUCAGCAUAACAGGGACAGGUUACUGGCAAACGUUGAAAUCACAAAGAUUUGGUAGUACACCGAGCAAAGCGGCAACGGACACGCUUAUACUCCCAGCAAUGUCCCAAGAGUUAAUGUUGGCCCUGAAUGAUGCGACUGUAUCACGGCGUAGGAAGCGAAGGACUAGGUCGCGGUCUAGCUCAAGAUUAGGACCAAGGCGUACAAGAUCAAUGUCUAGGAGAGCGAAAGCGACGCGAAAUAAACAAUAAAAUUUGUCAUUAUACUAAUGUUUAUCACUUAGCACAA